AUGGGGAGUCAUGCAGAUUGGAGAUCAAUCGGCGGCAUUGCUACUAGUCUGCUCGAUGGAAAUCCUAUCGCUAUUGCCAUUACCGCAUUUAUUGCAUUCGGGCUGCCAGUACUGUUACAUUUGAUUUUCUAUCAAGCUGUUGCCUCCCCGUCAUCUAGCAACUUCUUACUGCUUGGACCCAGCGGAGCAGGCAAAACUGCUCUCUUGUCCCUGCUUGAAACGAAAUCGUCGCUUCUUGCGAAGAAGCAGACUCAGCUAACGCAUACUUCCCAGACGUCUAUUCUAACCACCGUCAGCCUUCCCGCCUCCGUUCCCACUGCCUCAAAUCGCUACCGGUCGGUCAAUGACCCAUCCUUGAAGGACACAUCCAAAAACCCUGUCAAAUACCGCGUGAGAGAUACCCCUGGCCAUGGUAAACUACGGGGACCCCAGGGUAUCUCGCAACUUUCUUCCAUGUUAGACUCGAAAGACCCGAAAUCCAAGUUACGUGGGGUUAUAUUCACUGUUGACACCGCCGCUCUUUCUGAUGUUGAAGUGUUGCGCGAUACAGCUUCAUAUCUGUACGACAUACUUCUUAUUCUUCAAAAACGGGCGUUGAAUAAAGGCAAGUCGUCUCUUAAGGUGGCUUCCGAGAUUCCCAUUCUUGUGGCUGCCAAUAAGCAAGACCUUUUCACCGCUCUGCCACCUGGCUCUGUGCGGGAGAAGUUAGAAGCUGAAAUCGACAACAUACGCAAGUCCAAGAGCAAGAGCCUCAUGGAUGCCAGCGUUGAUGCUAGCAUGGGUGACGGUGAUGAUGAUAUUCUGGGUAGCAAUGAUGCGCAAAAUACAUUCAGCUUUAAACUCUUGGAGGACGAAGUCGGCGUGAGAGUUGAUGUCGUCGGCGGCGCUGUUAAGGGUGACGAGGGGAGUGAUCUUGGAUCUGGUGUCAGGAAGUGGGAAGAAUGGGUUGGCCAGUGUCUGUGA